GACGCCGCGAACCCGCGCGAGGGCCAGAUCUGCGCGAGCGCAGCAAAGCCACGCGAGGCGACCCCGUGAGGCCAUGGCCACGAUGCUGGAAGCCUACCCUUGGCCCGAGGGGCUCGAGUGUCCAGCUCUGGAAGCAGAGCUGUCGGAUGGACUGUCCCCGCCCGCCGCCCCGCGCCCCCCGGGGGACAAGGGCUCGGAAAGUCGUAUCCGGCGACCCAUGAACGCUUUCAUGGUGUGGGCCAAGGACGAGAGGAAACGGCUGGCAGUGCAGAACCCAGACCUGCACAACGCCGAGCUCAGCAAGAUGCUGGGAAAGUCAUGGAAGGCCCUGACGCUGUCCCAGAAGAGGCCUUAUGUGGACGAGGCUGAGCGGCUCCGCGUGCAGCACAUGCAGGACUAUCCCAACUAUAAGUACAGACCUCGCAGGAAGAAGCAGGUCAAGCGCCUCUGCAAGCGUGUGGACCCGGGCUUCCUCCUGAGCUCCCUUUCCCGAGACCAGAACAGCCUGCCUGAGAAGAGGACUGGGGCCCGGGGGGCUCUGGGUGAGAAGGAGGAGAGGGGUGAGUACUCCCCAGGCAAUGCCAUGCCCAGCCUCAGGAGCUGCUACCACGAGCGGCCAGCUGGCAGCGGUGGCGGCACCACAGGCAGUGUGGACACCUACCCGUACGGGCUUCCAACGCCCCCAGAAAUGUCCCCGCUGGACGUGCUGGAGCCGGAGCAGACCUUCUUCUCCUCCCGCUGCCAGGAAGAGCACACGCAUGCCCACCGCAUCCCACACCUGCCAGGGCCCCCGUACUCCCCUGAGUAUGCCCCCAGCCCUGUCCACUGCAGUCACCCCCUGGGCUCCCUGCCCCUUGGCCAGUCCCCAGGUGUGUCUAUCAUGUCCACUGUAUCUGGCUGCUCCCCUUCUCCUGCCUAUUACUCCCCUGCGACCUACCAUCCUCUCCACUCCAACCUCCAUGCCCACCUGGGCCAGCUCUCCCCUCCUCCUGAGCACCCUGGCUUCGAUGCCCUGGAUCAGCUGAGCCAAGUGGAACUCCUGGGGGACAUGGAUCGCAAUGAGUUCGACCAGUAUUUGAACACUCCUGGUCACCUAGACUCUUCCGCUGGGGCUGUGGCCCUCAGUGGGCAUGUCCCAGUCUCCCAGGUGACAUCAGCAGGCCCCACGGAGACCAGCCUCAUCUCGGUCCUGGCUGAUGCCACAGCAACGUACUACAACAGCUACAGUGUGUCAUAGAGUUCCAAGGCUGCAGGUGCAGUCCUGCCCGUGCCACCCUC